GGGGCCGCCCCCACCGGGAGGCGGCGCGCGCAGCCCGGAAGCGGCGGCGGCACCCGGAAGCGGCGGCGGGGCAGGAUGGACGACACGCUCUUCCAGCUGAAGUUCACGGCCAAGCAGCUGGAGAAGCUCGCUAAAAAGGCUGAGAAGGACUCCAAGGCAGAGCAAGCUAAGGUCAAGAAGGCCCUUCAGCAGAAGAACGUGGAAUGUGCUCGUGUCUACGCGGAGAAUGCCAUUCGCAAGAAGAACGAGGGGCUGAACUGGCUCCGCAUGGCUUCCCGAGUGGAUGCCGUGGCCUCCAAGGUGCAGACGGCCGUGACGAUGAAAGGGGUGACCAAAAACAUGGCUCAGGUGACUAAGGCUCUGGACAAGGCUCUGAGCUCCAUGGACCUGCAGAAGGUGUCUGCUGUGAUGGAUAAAUUCGAGCAGCAGGUUCAGAAUUUGGAUGUUCAUACGUCGGUCAUGGAGGACUCCAUGAGCUCCGCCACCACCCUGACCACGCCGCAGGAGCAGGUGGACAGCCUCAUCGUGCAGAUCGCCGAGGAGAACGGCUUGGAGAUCAUGGACCAGCUCAGCCAGCUCCCCGAGGGGGCUUCGGCGGUGGGCGAGAGCUCGGUGCGCUCCCAGGAGGACCAGCUGUCACGGAGGUUGGCUGCCUUGCGGAAUUAAGGUCUCCUGCCUCCCCUGCGGACUGCUGCCACACUGGUUGUAUGGUGUGUGGGGACGGAGGGACCCAGGACUCCUUCCCCUCUGCCCGUUAUGUCCUUGCUCUGACCUGCUGGCCGGGCAGGGCUGGCCCCUCCUGCAGCAGCACGUCCCCAGCCCUGCCCGCUUCCCUGCAGACUUCUUUUGGGGUGCGACGGUGACCGGAGCUGGCAGAGAUCCCGGCAGGGGGAAUGGAGCAAGGGCAGCCCUUCUCUGGGCUUGACGGAUGCUUCGCUGGUUCUGAUUUUAGGGUGAUUUUAGGGUGUUCUUCAUUUGCGGGUCGCUGCUGGUUUCUCGCGGCGCCCCGUGAUGCAACGUGCCACUCCUGAUUUAACACUAAACGAAUCCUUCUGGGGGUGGGUUGUGGCGUCUCCUGGGGUGCUGGUUGCCUGCCUCCUCCGUGCGUAGCACGCUUGUUACCUGCUGUAGGGCCUCCCAGCUGUGGGCAGCACCCGGCAGGGGCCCGCAGCAAGCAGCUGUGCCCUCGGCGUUGCAGCAGGAGGGGUGGGGGCUCGCUCCCCGCGGGGCGGUGGUGUUUCUGUGGGGUUUGUGCCUUGCAGGAAGGCGUGGGUACGCCGCCGCACCUCUCGCCUAGCAGCGACCUUCCCCAGCCCCUGCUGCCCGGUUCGUAGCCAUACCUGCUGGCCCUGCUUGCAGACCUCGCCUUGCCGACUCGCCUGGCCCUGGCAGGCUGACCCUCCCCGCGUCUCUACCACGAAGUGGCCUUUGAAACGCUCGUCCUGCCCCGCGAAUCCGCCCGUGCCCCCUCCCAGCGCUGCAGGCAGUGAGUUAGCGGGGCCGUGACCCUGGGGGGCCGGUCUGUGCCUGGCAUCGCAGCCUCGUCCUGGCCGCAUGGGCGUACCGGGGUGGGUGCCAAACCGUCCUGGGCACGCAUCCGCCUGUCCCCUGGGUCCCCCUGCUGCCGUUUCCUCCCCGCUGUCCCCACCUUGCCACAUCUCCGUGCCCGGGGGGCUGGCACCGGGCUGGGCGGGAGGCACGGCGGUCGGCUCGCGGGGAAAUGGGGCUGCCCGGGGCUGAUGCUCCCAGCGCCCCUUCUCCCCUGCGACUCCCCGAGGUACCGAGUGGGUGGGAAGCUUGCGGGAAGGAAACGGAGCUUCCUUUGGCUCUCAGGAGGAGGAAUUUCAGCCCCCUCGCUGCAGGCCGUGAGUGAGCACCCUGCGGCCGCCCGGCCCCGCAGCGCUGGAGCUGCCCUGGUGCGCCCGCAGCGCGGAGCUGUGCGGCACGCGGCUGCUGCUGCCACGGGCAGCUCCCGUCCAUCAGCUUUAGUGGGAAUUCUGACACACGCGGCCGCUGCGUGGGGCUGGGCUGAGAGCGGGGCCUCGGCGGCCGUCUGCGGGGCAGGGGAAGCGCGGGGAUGGGCGGCAGCCCCUGCACACCUCCGGUGCUGGCGCCCGGCCCGGCUCAGGCCACGGACACAGGGCAGGACACGCUCCAGGCCGGGGCCACCGCCUCGGUGCUUGUAACUAAAACACUGCGUGCUGUUUGAAUUAUUUUUUUUUUUUCUGAGUUCAGUGGCCUUGGCUGCAUGUGUCUAGCUGAGAGAGCCUUCCGCCCUCGUGUGCCGGGGUGGGGACGUGGGGGGGUGACAACAGGGCAGCAGGAGGGGGCUUUGGGCUGCAAAGCCACUUGUGCACGGUGCCUGCACCACGGAGCAGGGCUGCCACCAGCACCCGGCCCUGCAUCGGCACCGGGCUGGGGGCUGGCACGUGCCCCCCGGCCCAUGGAACCACUCCCUCUUCCCGUGAUGUUUCUGUCUUGAUUCCUGUUGGGUUUUUGUUGUUGUGUUUUGUUUUUCUUUUUUUUUUAAGCUUGUCUCCGUUGCCUUUUUCUUCUCCAACACACUGUUGAUUACCUUCUGCUAUUUUAAAUAAAACCUGCCUGAACAUC